AUGAGAUUUAAGAUUGGAGAACUCGAAGUUCUCUUCCCGUAUCCCAGGAUUUACCCAGAACAAUAUGCUUAUAUGUGUGAUUUGAAAAAAACUCUCGAUGCGGGAGGUCAUUGUAUAUUGGAAAUGCCUUCGGGUACCGGAAAGACCGUCUCUCUAUUAUCUCUGAUUGUGGCAUACCAGCAGGCUAUGCCCGAGAAGCGCAAACUUAUCUACUGCUCGAGAACCAUGUCUGAGAUUGAAAAGGCAUUAAUCGAGUUGAAGGCCCUGAUGAAGUACAGAACGGAGCAGAUGGGAUACGAGGAAGACUUCCGCGGUCUUGGAUUAACGUCGAGAAAGAACUUGUGUCUGCACCCGUCUGUCAAGCGAGAAAAGAGUGGUUCCAUCGUCGAUGCCAGAUGUCGAAGUCUAACUGCUGGCUUUGUCAAGGAGAAGAAGGAAAAGGGCGAGGAAGUCGAUUUAUGUUCAUACCAUGACAACCUUGACCUGCUGGAACCGCACAAUCUGAUCCCCAAUGGUGUCUGGAGUUUCGAAGACCUUCUCCGAUACGGUGAGGAAAAGAAACAAUGCCCAUACUUUACCGCUCGACGCAUGAUGCAAUACUGCAACGUCGUCAUCUUCUCAUAUCACUACCUGCUAGAUCCCAAGAUUGCGGAACGCGUUUCCAAGGACUUCUCCAAAGACAACAUUAUUGUAUUCGACGAAGCUCAUAACAUCGACAACGUAUGUAUUGAGUCGCUCAGCACAGAUAUUACGGAAGACUCGCUGCGGCGUGCGACGCGCGGAGCGCAAAACUUGAAGGAGAAGAUUGCGGAAAUGCGAGACACGGACCAGGAACAGCUGCAGAACGAGUAUGAGAAGCUCGUUCAAGGUCUACGUGAUGCCGAUGAAGCGCGACAGGAAGACGCAUUCAUGUCGAAUCCAGUGCUACCAGCAGAUCUCCUGAACGAAGCCGUGCCUGGCAAUAUCCGCCGUGCAGAACACUUUAUUGCGUUCCUGCAACGAUUUAUAGAAUACCUCAAGACGAGGAUGAAGGUUCGCCAGGUCAUUUCAGAGACGCCACCAUCGUUUCUUGCUCAUCUUCGCGAACACACAUUUAUAGAAAAGAAGCCCCUGCGGUUCUGCGCGGAACGAUUAACAUCACUUGUCAGAACGCUGGAGCUGACCAAUAUCGAAGACUACCAGCCGCUGCAAGAGGUCGCCACCUUUGCGACGCUGGUAGCAACGUACGAAAAGGGCUUCCUGCUGAUUCUUGAACCGUACGAGUCCGACACGGCUGAAGUGCCGAACCCCAUCCUCCACUUUACUUGUCUCGAUGCUGCAAUUGCCAUCCGGCCCGUUUUUGAGCGUUUCUACUCUGUGAUUAUUACAUCGGGAACCAUUUCCCCACUGGAAAUGUACCCCAAGAUGCUCGACUUUACCACAGUCAUCCAGGAAUCGUACUCCAUGACGCUUGCAAGACGGUCUUUCCUGCCUAUGAUUGUCACCCGUGGCAGUGACCAGGCGUCUGUGUCGACAAGUUUCCAAGUCCGCAACGAGCCAAGUGUGGUACGCAACUAUGGUAACCUGCUGACCGAAUUCGCCAAAAUCACGCCAGACGGCAUGGUCGUCUUCUUCCCGUCCUAUCUCUACAUGGAGUCCAUCAUCAGCAUGUGGCAGGGCAUGGGCAUCCUCGACGAGGUCUGGAAGUACAAGCUCAUUCUGGUAGAGACACCCGAUGCUCAAGAAACGUCCCUGGCCCUAGAGACGUACCGUACCGCCUGUUGCAACGGCCGCGGCGCCAUCCUGCUCUGUGUCGCCCGUGGCAAGGUGUCGGAAGGUAUCGAUUUCGACCACCAGUACGGCCGUACUGUGUUGUGUAUCGGUGUGCCUUUCCAGUACACUGAGUCGCGUAUCCUCAAGGCCAGACUGGAGUUCCUCCGCGAGACAUACCGCAUCAAGGAAAACGACUUCUUGUCGUUCGAUGCCAUGCGCCACGCCGCGCAGUGUCUCGGCCGUGUUCUCCGAGGCAAAGACGACUACGGAAUCAUGGUGUUGGCUGAUAGACGGUUCCAGAAGAAGCGUGUCCAGUUGCCCAAGUGGAUCAACCAGGGCCUGAUGGACGUUGAUGUUAACCUUAGUACCGACAUGGCGAUUAGCAGCGCGCGGCGCUUCCUGCGCACCAUGGCGCAGCCGUUCAAGUCCAAGGACCAGGAGGGUAUUAGUACCUGGGGAUACGAGGAUAUCAAGCGCAAGGCAGAGGAGGAUGCUGAAGAAGCAAGGAUUGCAGAGCAAAAGGCGGCAGAGAAGAAUGCUGCAGCGGCCAUGGCGAGCAGUCGCCAGGAUGAUUACAUGGAGUAUGAUGACGAGGAGUUGGAGCAGAUGGACUGGGAUGAGGAGGCGUAG